GCUGAUCGUUAGCUUUUGUGUCAGGAUGGUGUCUAUGGUGUGUCAAUGUUUGUCCGUUGUUUCUGGCUAAAGGUAUUUGGCAUUUGGCGGUUUUAAUGUUCCGUGCAGCUAAUUUAAAAACCAUCGGCAAAGCGGGAACCGGCUGGCACUUUCGCCGGACGAUGGACGAACUGGUCCAUGACCUGGUGUCAGCACUGGAGGAGAGCUCAGAGCAAGCUGCUCGUGGUGGCUUUGGUGAUGGAGGAGACCAUGCACUGGCAGUGGGCUGUUUGCUGAAGAGGCAGGCUCGUAAGCGGAGGGGUAGAAAACGGCGCUCGGACAACCCACACCCACCCUGGGAGACAGGCCACCUCAGUGAGGGUUCAGAGUCCAGUGUGGAAGAACAUAAGGACUACCGUGCCAGUACAGGAGGUGUGUCUGCUGCCAACAGCCAUGCCCGUGACAACAGUGACUCGGAUGAACAACUUGGCCCCAAACGCCGCACCCCCCUCACUGCUGACAUGGGGCGAAGCAAGCGGCCACUUUGGCCAGAUGACCUGGGUGUCCUGGGGUCUGUAGAGGGAACUCGCAGCCUCAGACGGCGACGUAAAGUCAAACGUAUGGCUGUAGACCCACCUGUAGAACCGGAACCCCCCUCCGUCACCAUGCUCGGACCUCCACCUGUCCCCAAAGCCCGUGUUGGUGGAAGGCCACAUAGACUUGGUUUGAAUGAGGACAGGGGUGCCAUGGAGCUGUGUGGAGGUAGCCUGGUAGGGCCUGUGGGAGGGAAGAACAGGGUAAAGAAGAGGAAACUGGCCCCCCACAGGCUGGGAGUGGAGGCUGCAGAUGAAGGGGUGGUAGUGGAGAGUGAGGACCCCAUCUCCUCUCCAAUGGAAGCGUCUAAGGACAAGAUGGAGUUGGAGGAGCAGAAGGGCUCGGAUGAGGACAUGAGUGACAGGUGUGAAACCAGCAGUGUCAGUAACAGCAGUGACGGUGGCCUCUACACCAAUGAUGAGGGGAGACAAGGUGACGACGAGCAGAGCGACUGGUUCUAUGAGGGAGAGCCGGGCUCUGGUUCAGGUCCUGGAGGUGCAUGUGGGAUAGCGGGAGUGGUUCCCUGGUGGGAGAGGGAGACCGGGUCUGAGGAGCUGGACCUAGCUGACCCAGUCUUCAACAGCAUCCUCACGGGAUCCUUCCCACUCAUGAGCCCUGGGGCACAGAGAGGUUUCCAGGCUAGACUGAGUCGUCUCCAUGGAAACCAGCCAGCGUCUGAGGCGGGAUUGCAGGGCAGCUCCAGCCAGGGCUUCAAUGAUAGACUGGGUAGACAAACCCAGGACUCCCAUGAGCCGUGGUUUAGCUCGGGCUCGAGGAGAGACCAUGGACAGUUGCACUGGGACCCACGGACAGACAGAGGGCAUCGGAGAAGCUGUUCAGUAAAAACAGCCAGCAGACAGACCAGUGGGCACCUGGGCUCUCUAUGUACAGGGGAUGUCAAGCGGAGGCGAAAAGCAGCCCCCCUCGGUUCCACUGCUCCCUCAGGAGUGGUUGGGGACAACGCUCCUCCCAUCCCAGACACGAACAUGGGAAGCCGCAUGUUGCAGAGCAUGGGCUGGAACCCCGGGAUGGGCCUGGGUCCAGAGGGAAGGGGCAUCACCGAGCCCAUCCGGGCCACACAGAGACCCAAAGGCACAGGUCUAGGUUUCAACUGAACCCCCAGUUUCUGGAUCCCGGACCUGAAGCAUACUGGGACAAGACUCUCCAAUGAAAUGUUGCUCAGGGUGUUGAACAAUAAGAAAAAAAAAAAAAAAGGUCCAGAAUAAUCCAGGAAUGUGAGUCAUAAGAAGGGAAGGAGUGAGGCUUGUCCUAGCAACAGAGUCUGAGCUGAAGGAGAGAAACUUUCCCAUAUUGGGGAAACUGCAAGACGCCUGGGAUAUCCACACAGACAUGAAAGUGAAUGACUGCAGCUGAGCUGGAGAAAAUAGCUUCUUGUAAACAUGUCCUCUCAAGAAACUCCAUGUUGGAGAAAAUAAAUGACAUUGAUGCCUCAUUGUUAGUGUGUUAAACUGGCAUGCUGCCUCAGCCCUGUUACCUCAGAUGCCAGCGUUACACGCCUCAGACUUGGGGUAUUGUUGAUUAUAUACUGAGAGCAGCUCUCUAAAGUGCGGCUGUGAUGACAGUGCGGUUUAUUUUCAGUCAGUGGUAUUGGUUAGUGAAUUAAUGAUAAAUGGUUUUGUCCAAUAUUGUACAAGCAUUUUGGAAUCAAAUACUGUUUGAGUAGGCCAUACCUCAAGAUUUAUUUUAGGUUCCUUUUAUUGUAAUGAAGUAAGGGUACACUGUAUGGAUGUGUGUUGGGAUAUCUGGAUGUUUUUACUCAUCCAUUCUACUGUUCAAUCGGAAUAAGUCAUGUCAUCAGAAUGUUUUUAUCUACCCAAAAACAAAAAAGAUACGAAUCAAAACCACAAUUUUUCCCCUUAACUUAGCACCAGUAUGUAUGCAUGUGCAGCUGUGGCUGUGGCCGGUGUCUGCUGAUGUUUACUGAGACAUCACUUCUCGACAUGAGAGGUAAAAGAAAAGCCAAUGACUUGCUCCACUGUCCUAUUUCACCCAGUUUGUUUAGGUAUUAUAUCCUGACAAAUGUUUGUUCUGCAGACUGCAGUAUUUUCCUAUCAUGGCCAUGCUCAUUGACUUUACACACAGUAUAUAACAAAUGACUAUAUGACUGUCACGUUAGACAUUUCAGUGUUUCCAUGCAAAUUCUAGUGAAGUCUAGAAAAUGAAUAAAUAGAGCUAAUUUCAGUGUCUGCAGAAUUUGAAAAAAGUAUUGCUGUCAUAUUACACAUUAAAAGGCCCUACAUCCCCAUGGUUCACAGGUGUUUUCACUUGAUUAGCUUGAUUAGACCUUUUCUCAGGACUGAGGGCGACAGGCUGACGUCCAAUCAGACAGAAAUGAAAACAGCUGUGUGGAUGUGCAGGACCUAACUACACUUACACUACUUAAAUUAUCUUUUUAAAUUAGUUGUGGACCCAUUGCUAUUCACCUUGUUGAUAUUAUGAGUCUUCAUUUUGACUAUUGGGUAAUAUAGCUUAGUUAGCAUAUUGCCACCAUAGAUUGUUCAGAAUAGAGAUUUGAAAUGAAUUUAAGUGCAGUUGAGAGAAAAAAUAUGAAUUAGGAUUUGUGCAGGAAGUUGUACUGUAACUAUUUUUUUGACUUUUGUUGUAAGAGCAAGAGGAUUUUUUUUUUUUUCUUUCGAGUUAGGCAAAGGCCAGUGAAGAGAAAUAUGAGGUGAGCUGUCAGUGACAAAAAAAAUUGUAUUAAACUGGGAGACUGCCUAAACUAUGUGGCUGUUAUUGUCCUUCGAGGCCAAUCCUACUGUUCUGGAUCAUGGCCAAUGACUCAUUUGGUAAAUUAUUUUACCUAGAGCCUGAAAGAUUUCCACUAGCAAUCGUGGGGGACACAUCCCAUCACUUUUCAAAUUCAUAUAUUUGUUCCCUGAACAGUACAGAUUGAGUUUGAUUUACUUAUUAGUAACUUGCUUACCAGUGUCCUCUGACUGUCUGAUUAAAGAUGUCGAUAUUCUCAUCUGAA